AAAAUUGCAGGUGGUUACAUUCUAUUUCUGGCUAUAUGUGAUGUGGACAAAUGAAUUUAUCUCCUGGAAUCCUUUAGAUUUCUGUAAUAUUUCCAGUGUUUCCCUUCCUAUGAACCUUUUUUGGGUCCCUGAUAUCUACAUAGAUGAACGGGCAGAUGAAGACAAGUUCACAGCCAGCCCUUUUGUCAACAUAUCAUCCAAUGGUUCCAUCAUUGCAUUUCAAGCACAUCGACUCACCUCAUCCUGCAACCUGGAUGUCCAUGCAUUUCCUUUUGACGAACAAAAAUGCAAUUUAACAAUAAUGUCUUCAGCAUAUUCAGAUGAAGAUAUAUUAAUGAAGAGCGUUAAAACAUCCAAGAUGGCAAACCAAGAUAGUCACAAAAAUUAUUUAACUAAUGGAGAAUGGAAAUUUGAGAACCUGAGGAUCAUAGAGGACACCGUACACUAUGAUACGUUCAGCUCCAGCGUAGUUACUUAUGAGGUUACUAUGACAAGGCGAUCCAUUUUACAUGUGUUAGCUCUGAUCUUGCCAACCUUUUCUCUUUUCUUGUUGGACAUGGCUAUUUCUUAUGCACCUGCCUCUCCUGAAGAAAAGAUUGUCUUCAAGGUGACUCUGAUCCUGGAAGUCUCAUUUUUGUCUAUGAUUCUUAAUGACAAGUUGCCAACAACAUCAAAUAACCCACCAGUCAUAGCAAAAUUUUUCACCGGCAUGUUCAUGUUUAUGGUGCUUGGCAUCUUGGAGAACGCCUUCAUACUGUACCUCAGGGAGAGGAAACCAAAGUUUCAGUACUUCAAAGGAAAGAAAUUCCUGAAUAGAUUCCUGAGAACAGAGGAGGAGAAGUCCGAGGAUCCCAUGACAUGUUUUGGAACUAGGAUGGCCAAGGAGGACAAUCAAACUGCUCAGCUUCCCUUGUCGGAAAAUGAGUGUUCAGACAGCCUGGCAUUUCUGAAACAUCUGAACAUGGAAUUGCAACAAAUCAAGAAACAUUUGGCUCUAGAAGAAUGCCAGGAUGAUGCCCCCAAAUCUUCCAGGGAAGACAAACAUUUCCUUCGUGUGGAGAAAGGGCUGUAUUGUGCCCGCUUGAUUUUGUCACUUGCCUUUUUAAUUUAUAUUAUCAUCAAAUGGAAACAGUAAAGUAUAAGGCCAGAAUACUGUAAAUUGUUGGCCUUUGCAACAUAGAACAAAAUCCAGAAGGAUAUGCAGGAAACGGGGAAGAUCUUACUCCCGAUUUCCCCAAACCACACACAUGUAUUGCUGUAUGUGAGGAACAUGUGCCUUGUUUCAGUGGAAACAUACAGUUUGACAAAUUUGGCAAUGGAGACUCUAGACAAAAACAGCCAGGUAACACUUCAGAUGCAUGUUUGCCACUCCUGCAUUAAAUCGAAUAGAGUGUCUUAGAAAAGUACAUUUGCUUUAACUUUUACAACAGCAAAUGGUUGCAUGAAAACGACAAGGUGUAUCUGCCAUCUUACGAUCCACGUUUUUGAGCUAAACUUUCUGUAACAAUUUUUCAGUGCCUUUUUGAAACUGUGGUUUUAGUUACCAUAUGAUUCUUUCUAGAAGACUCCUUCAAGCUUUGGAGAGGUGGUAUGAAAGAUUUAGAUUUUUAUAGGGCUUUUGUGUCUUUCCUUGUUCUGUUAAAAGCUAACAUUUCAGAAGCUACACAGUCUCUUGGCUUGCAGUUGCUAUGGUCAGAGAAGCAGCAGUCAAAAUUCCUUGUCUGUAGAAAGACUUAGGAACCUUGUACCAAAUUACUUUUGAGAAGCCCAGGAAAAUAACAUUAUAAUUGAAGCAAAAUGUAGUAGUUGCCUAAUUGAAAGAUGCAACUGUAGAUGCUUAGAGUGAUAUCAAUUUAAUUUCGCCAAGUAAGAAACCUGGACUAUUGUUCACUUGCUGUACACUAACUGCAGCGUUGGCUCCAGUUUGCAUAACUUCAGGAAAAUGAGGAAUGCAUGCAGAGAGGUAAUAAUAUAAUAUAAUAUUCAAGAAUUAGUUUGGAGUCUGCUUUUUGGUUUUCUGAUCAUUUUCAGUGUGAUGUCUUGACACACACUUUCCGUAUGUCACACAUAAACAACUGUGUACUGUAGAUAUAACUUCAGUCCUCAAGAUGCCCUCCCAUGUAUGGUCUUUUAAAUAUCAUGAGUAUUGUAGGCACAUCCUUUAAGG